AUGAGUCUCCUGGUUGAGAUUGAAGAUGAAUUCAGGAAGCUCAGCUUUACCGAACGCUCCGAGGCCAUGGCUAAUUUCCUGUCACAAUUUGCCGAUCACAUGCGUGACAACAACAAACGGAUUCUCUCGAGAGUACUGGACAUGAUUGCUGAAACGGAAGGCGACGAAAAACUGCACCUGGACAUGUUAGCGACACACCUGGAGAUGGAGACGUCGGAGGUCCUGGAUGUUAAAAGAUGGGACAUGCCCGAGAUUACCAGCCUUGACGAGUAUAGAGCUCAGUCUCGCCUUGGUGAUGAUUCUGGCAUCUGCCCACGAAUGACAGGCUCGAACAACUACACUACACAGUUCUUGCCAAGCUUGGACGCCGCUGUACGUAAGAACGCGUCCAGAGACUUGCUAGGUAGCAUGGCAGAUAUUCUCGAAUUACCGGCCGAAUUCUGCGAAUUUCUGAGGCACACCAGCGGAGUCGCUUAUCCGAACCUCGAUAGACAACUGUUUGUCUGCAGUUUCGCGACGGCGCUGUACGAUGCACACGAACAAGCACAGCCCUUGGAUAAGAUGUGCGAGUUUGCCGGCUCUGAGGGGUUUGAAGUUGCUGCUGGCUGGAAGGCAGGUGACAACGAUCAGAAUUGCUGUAUACACUAUUUCCUCUGCAAAGACCUCGAGGGGCUUGAUGCCCUAUAG